GAUCUCCUGAACACACUCGACGUCGACUCGUUCCUGAUGGCCCUCAGAAGGUUUAUCGCACGUCGUGGAACGCCAGCAGAGUUGUAUUCCGACCAGGGAACCAACUUCCGUGGCGGAGAAAGAGAGCUUAGAGAAUCGUUCGCUGCCAUGUCUCCAGACCUUCAAGAGCAGCUAGCCAAGCAGAAGAUCAGCUUCCACUUCAACCCUCCUGCAGCGCCACACUUCGGGGGAGUGUGGGAAAGGGAAAUUCGGUCGGUGAAAGCUGCCCUCUAUCCCACAGUGGGAGCCCAACCAGUCCCAGAGGAAGUGCUACGAACCGUGCUUCUCGAAGUGGAAGGGAUCCUCAAUUCAAAGCCACUGGGGUACGUCUCAUCCAGUCUCCACGAUCCCGACCCAGUGACUCCAAACGUCCUGUUGAUGGGGCGGCUGGAUGGCUCCUUACCUCAGACUGUGUAUCCAGAGACUGCCCUCUUGAGCCGCCGUCGUUGGAAGCACUCACAAAUCCUGGCGAACCACUUCUGGUCCAGCUUCCUGAGGAACUACCUCCCCAGCCUGCAAACUCGUCAGAAGUGGCAGUCAACGCGAGCCAACAUCACCGAUGGAGCUGUCGUGCUGCUGGUGGACCCGCAGUCACCUCGAGCGACAUGGCCAGUGGGACUCGUCAUCAGUGUCAACCCAAGCGCCGAUGGACAGGUACGCUCUGCUGUCGUGAGGGUCGGCGACAAGGAGUACACCCGACCAGUGGCCAGGUUAGUCACACUUCCAGCUGUCUCAGCUGACAACGAGGAGGACAAUGCAGCCGACAAGAAUCCAGCGUAAGACUGUAAAGACCUGGUCACCUUUCUUAAGAGCGAAUGUACUUCAUACAUUCGGGGGCGGCUGUUAGAAAGGUUCCUGUUUAUUAGUUCGUUCCCAUGGUAACCGUCGCUUCCUGUUUUUGUACUACGUCACGCGCGCGGUGCAUUGUGGGAUUGAGAGUAGCGUAGUGGCGCGAGUAGCACCAGGUGCACAUUCGGAAGAGUGCAGCCACCAGUUAAGACGAGUGCAGCCGCCUGUAAAGACGUGUGUGAGGGAAAGGCAUUCCGUGUGCGUCAUUGAAUGAACAACCACACACAACCUAUAUAUAUAUAUGCCUAGUCAAGUUCCCUCCCCGCACACAUAUUGGAUCCACAACACACCCAAGCUCCACACAUACACACAUACAAGCUCCUCGCACGCAGCUAAUUUAACACACUCACACUCAGCUAGUCCUUCCUCCUCAAACAAGUGCCAUUUAUGUAAAUAGUUCUGCCUGUUGCCACCCUGCUGCCUGUAUAUAGUUGCCAAUCUGUUGUCAAGUUGGAUUAAAGGUGAAAAGACCAACUCCGCUCUCCUUCUCCUGUGUUCUGACCGACACCCCGGGGCGAACGGACCAUAACCCAAAUUGAACCAGAAACCUAUACAGUCCACAAUCUGCCUCUCCAACAGGGU